AUGGGAAGUGAGCCAAUUGCCAUCAUUGGCUUGAGUUGCAAAUUUUCAGGGGAUGCAACGAGUCCAGAAAACCUUUGGACGUUGCUCGAAGAAGGGCGCAGUACAUGGAGCGAGAUUCCGUUGUCACGGUUCAAUUUCAAAGGGGCCUACCAUCCAAGCCGUGAGAAGCUGAGAACUUCACAUAUUCGCGGUGGGCACUUUUUGAAUCAGGAUUUAGGGCUAUUUGACGCUGCCUUCUUUAACUUCUCUACAGAGACUGCCGCGUCCCUAGAUCCUCAAUUCAGGCUCCAAUUAGAGUCGGUUUAUGAGGCUCUAGAGAAUGCUGGCCUUCCACUAUCUCAAGUUGAAGGUUCCAAAACUUCCGUGUUUGCUGGCACAUUCUUUCAUGACUAUAGGGAUGCCUUGAUCCGUGAUGAGGAUAAUCUGCCGAGAUCAUUCAUCACGGGCAUUGGCUCUGCCAUGGCAUCCAACCGCAUAUCCCACUUUUUUGACCUUCGGGGGCCUAGCAUGACGAUUGAUACUGGAUGCUCAACAACUCUUGUGGCACUUCACCAAGCGGUAGAGAACUUAAGAAGCAGGGGAAGCGAGAUUAGUAUCGUGUGCGGCGCUAAUGUGCUCCUGAACCCUGACAAUUUCAAAGCUCUGGGAUCCUUUGGCUUUCUAUCACCUGAUGGUAAAUGCUUUGCCUUUGAUGAACGUGCCAACGGCUACGGACGCGGGGAGGGCGUGGCUACCAUCAUUAUCAAACGCCUUAAAGAUGCGCUUGCGGCUGGAGAUCCAAUCCGUGCCAUUAUCCGGGAGUCGGUCCUGAAUCAAGAUGGCAAGACUGAGACACUGACUUCACCCAGUAAGGAAGCUCAAGAGGCUCUCAUGCAAGACUGCUAUGCCAAAGCUGGUCUUGAACCCAUCCAGACACAGUAUUUCGAAGCCCACGGCACAGGUACUGCUACUGGUGAUCCAAUUGAGGUGGGGGCUAUUGCGUCCGUAUUUCAGAGCCACAGGCGGGCAGACGAAAAAGCCUUACGUAUUGGCUCAGUCAAGACAAACCUUGGCCAUACUGAAGCUACGAGUGGGCUAGCUAGUGUUAUUAAGGUUGUUCUGGCAAUGGAGAAAGCCGUGCUUCCACCCUCGAUCAAUUUCGAGAAACCCAACCCCAAGUUAGCCUUGGAUAAUUGGAAAUUGAAGGUGGUUACUGAGCUGGAAAAAUGGCCAAUGACUCCAGGACAGCCGAUGCGGGCGUCUGUGAACAAUUUCGGUUAUGGAGGCUCCAAUGCCCAUAUCAUUAUGGAAGACGCCAGUGGAUGCUCACAGCACCAAUCUAUCAAUGAUAACGUCAAUAGCGAGGUCAAUGAAAAUAUUAACACCACUAGUGAGCAGUAUAAGCUCCUACUCCUCAGUGCCAAAGACGAACAUGCGCAUGAGAACAUGGUAGCCAGACUCACGGCUUUCCUCCGCCAGAAGGAACAAAUACAGCAUGGUUUACAAGACACCGAUACUUUUCUCCAGAGCUUGGUGUACACUUUGGGGCAGCGCCGCACUAUAUUCUCCUGGAUAUCAGCAUACCCCGUUCCUAUAUCUCAAGGGUUUGACGGUGUCUCCAAAGCUCUAGAAUCGCCCAAGUUCAAACCCUCGCGGUCUUCCCAAGAACGCCCACGUAUCGGCAUGGUAUUCACUGGCCAAGGAUCGCAAUGGUACGCCAUGGGUAAAGAGUUAAUCACAGCGUACCCCGUAUUCAAACAAUCUCUCGAGGAAGCAGAUGGCUACCUGCGAGACCUUGGUGCCGACUGGUCACUAAUGGAGGAGCUUGGCCGUGAUGCCGCGACAAGCAGAGUUAACCAAACAGCAUUUAGCAUCCCCAUUUGUGCUGCUUUGCAAAUCUCGCUGGUCAGGUUAUUGGAGACUUGGGGAGUUACACCGGCGGCUGUAACAAGCCACUCGAGUGGAGAGAUUGCUGCAGCAUAUACGGUAGGCGCCAUCAGUUUCUACUACGCCAUGGGGGUCGCGUAUUAUAGGAGCAGACUAGCCGCCGAAAUGACGCUAGGUGGUCCUAUUAAGGGUGGUAUGCUGGCAGUUGGCCUUGGCUAUGUGGACGUGGAACAGUAUUUAGAUUGGCUAACUUGCGAUGCUCGAGCUGUGGUAGCUUGUAUCAACAGUCCUUCUAGCACGACGGUGGCGGGCGACAUUGCAGCAAUUGAAGAACUCGAGACGUUGCUCAAAGCUGAGGAAAUUUUUGCUCGCCGACUCCGAGUAGACACUGCAUACCAUUCCCACCAUAUGGAGCCCGUUGCAGAAAACUACCGCCAGGCACUUCUCAAAAUGUUUAGCAAAGAAGAACCAAAGGCUAGACGCUUAGAAUCCACCGCUUUCGCAUCUCCUGUUACUGGAUACCGUAUGACCAGCACUCAAGAAAUCGCAGACCCGGAGCACUGGGUUGACAGUCUAAUGCAGCUUGUCCAGUUCGUUGACGCAUUCAUCGAAAUGGUUCAAGGCGACUUGUCUGUCGACGCAACUACCAACAGCAUCGAUGUCAUUGUUGAGGUUGGUCCACACACAGCUCUUGGAGGCCCUAUUCAUGAGAUACUCGCUAUGGAAGACUUUGAUGGAGCCCGCAUACCGUAUUACGGUAGCCUUGUGCGGCACGUUGACGCAGUCGAGAGCCUCCAGACGCUGGCUUCGAACUUGCUUAGGGAGGGCUAUCCACUUAAUAUUGAAGCCAUUAAUUUCCCGCAAAGGAAAAGUGAGAACAUCUGUGUUUUGACUGACCUCCCUUCGUACCCUUGGAACCAUCGGACAAGACACUGGCUUGAACCACGGUUCAAUCUGGGCCUUCGCCAGAGGGAGCAUCGCCCACAUGAGCUCCUUGGUUCGCUAGUCCCAGGGACCAACCCCGAAGCACCGGUAUGGCGACACAUCCUACGAGUUACCGAGUCGCCCUGGAUUCAAGACCACGUCAUCCAAUCCCAAAUGCUCUAUCCCGGCUGCGGGUUUAUAUGCCUGGCGAUUGAGGCCGCCACGCAACAACUAUUUAUCACUGAAGAACAAGAGGCUCGUGAGGUAUCUGGAUACCGAAUUCGAGAGAUGAGUGUGCAUCAGGCGCUCAUAAUUCCAGAGACAGCUGAAGGUAUUGAAAUGCAAAUAUCUCUUCGUCCAGUCAGCGACAAGCACACUAGCUCGCAAGGCUGGAAGGAGUUCGAGGUCCAUUCCGUCACGCCAGAGAACAGAUGGAUGCGGCAUGCACAGGGUCUCGUUAUGGUUGAAUUCGGUAAGGUUAAAACCGACACCAUUUUCUUGGGCCAAGAAAUACAACAUGCCCGGCAUUUUGAUGCGACCGAUAUGUGGAGUACCCUGGAAUCUCUAGGGGUCAAAUACGGUCCGACGUUCAGGAACAUUAGCAGCAUUUGCCAGUCAAAGAAAGAACUUCAGUCAACAAGCACAAUCACUGUGCCUGAUACAUUUGUGCCUAACGGCUUACCUCAAAACCACGUCAUCCACCCUGCCACACUCGACGCUGUCGCGCAAGCCGCCUUCACCGCGCUUCCUGGCGCUGCUUUCCACCAAGCAAGCCCUCGAGUUUUCCAGUCAAUUGAAAAACUCUGGAUCUCGAGUAGAAUCAGCCACGAGACAGGUCAGGUGUUUCGAUGUCAUACAAAACUAGACUAUGCAGAUGUUCAAGGCAUAAGGGCAGGUGUUGUACUUGUUGACGAAGAUGGACCUGUGGUGGAGGUGCAUGAGCUUCAGCUACACUCCCUGGGUGGAAAUGGGACACAGACUUCUCAGGGGAAGCUCUGUGCCAAAGUAGUUUGGGAGCGCGAUUUUGAUUUGAACCUUCACUCGGGCAUCGCCUUGCCCACAGGCGAAGGUGAGGGCCUCCAGCGACUUUCCUUCUGUUCUAUGGGAGAUGCUCCAGCCGACAUCCUCCGCAGUCAAAAGGAACCCCUAGAUCUCAUGAACGAAGGUAGCCCUCACGAGAAAUGGUCAUCCUCCAACCACGACAACGAUGGUGUUGUGGAAGGAGCCGCGCUACUCCACCAAAUCGUACAUAAGCGCCCUAGUGCGCGGGUCCUUGAAGUUGGCGCGCGGCUAGACGGCCCGACCCGCGCCCUGCUAGACGCGCUAAGCUCCCUUGGCUCUUUGUACCACUUCACCAGCGCCUCGGACGAUGACAUUAAGGAUGCCGAACAGGAGUUAGCCGCAUGGUGCGAUAUCCUUAUGUUUGACACGCUUGACGUUGACAAGGAUCCAUCAUCACAAGGGUUUGAACUGGGCAGCUACGACUUUGUGAUUGCAUCUAGAAUUGUGCAACCGUCGAUCCAAAUCUUGACAAACUUGCAGACCCUUAUAAAGCCUGGUGGUAAGCUGCUGAUUGUCCAGACGCCUUGCCGUAAGCUUGAUAGACAGCUUUUACCUGGUGUUCUUCCUGACAAGGAGGGAAAUCUGCCCUCAAGCGUUGCCCAGUGGGAUCGGCUUCUCAAAAAUGCGGGCUUCAGCGAGACAAUACAUCAGGCCAAUACAAUUAUAUCGAUAGCUCCGCUAAUUGAUUUGGUCCCGCUUCCUCGCUCCGACAAUAUCAUUCUUGUCAUUAGUGACAAUACAGGCGCCCCUCCACCACGAUGGCUUGAAGCUCUGCGGUACUCCAUCUCUACAUUGGAGCGUGACACAGAGCCUACCCCUCUACCUGACGUAUAUUCCCUCGAGUCUAUAUCAGCGGUAUCGUAUAGUGGCAAAAUAUGCGUACUUUUGGCCGAAAUCAAUCAGCCAAUUCUCCGUGACAUGGACUCCAUAGUCUUCGAGUCCAUUAAAGCCAUGACCACUGCGUGCAAAGGUCUUCUUUGGGUGACGCGUGGUGGUUAUGUCGAUUGUGAGAACCCCAACCUCGGCCUUGCAGCAGGGUUCCUUCGAACUGCAAGGAGCGAAUAUCUUGGUCGGCCGUAUAUAACACUGGAUCUCGACCCUGCUGUAUCUCCCUGGUCAGGAAAUGACGUUCAAGCGAUUGUGCAAUUGUUGAAAGUGAGCUUCGACGGUUCCUCGCCCGGCGAGUUCGAGUACGCCAUGCGAGAUGGCGUGUUUCAAAUACCCCGUUUGCUCGAUGAUGAGCUCAAUAAUCGCCUGGUCUCGCCUGACGGUGCUACAGCCAUAGGCCCCAUCACGCUGGCGUCGCUAGCUCAAGCAGGCCGAGCUUUAAGCUUACAAGUUGGUGUUCCCGGCCGACUUGAAACUCUCUCAUUUACGGAAGAUGCAUCGCUUUCGGAUACACGCGAGCUCUCUCCUGAAAUGGUUAAGAUCGAGGCUCGUGCCUACGGCAUCAAUACCCACGAUAUCAUGGUCGCCACUGGCCAGAUACGUAACGAGUUUAUGGGGCUCGAGUGCGCCGGUAUCAUUACCCGCGUAGGAGCUGAAGCUGCCGCGCAAGGCUAUGCCAUCGGUGAUAACGUCUUUGGUCUACUGCCGUGCGGACAAUUUGGCAGCACCACGCGUACACCCUGGACAAAUAUUAUGCAGAUGCCUCCGAGCCUCAGCUUUGAAGAAGCUGCUUCGCUCCCUGUCGCUUACUGUACAGCGUAUAUCUGCUUUACAGACCUUGUGCGUCUGCAGCGCGACCAGAAAAUUCUCAUCCAUGCGGCCGCAGGCAGUGUAGGGCAGGCAGCUAUCAUGAUGGCUCGUCUGAUAGGUGCGGAGGUCUUUGUUACUGCUGAAACUUCUGAGGAACGUGAGUUGAUGCUACACAGAUAUAGUAUAUCAGAAAAUCACCUCUUCAGCAGUCAGGAUACAUCGUUUGUGUUAGGUGUGCUUACCGCGACCCAUGGUUGCGGCGUCGACAUUAUCAUUAACUCCCUAUCUGGACCACAUCUCCAAAAAGAUUUUAAUGCACUCUCUCCGUUAGGUCAUAUUGUUGACAUCAGCCAACAUGGUCAUGGGGUCAAUAAUAACCAUCUGGAAAUGCGAUCCUCAGAUCAUCCGGCAUCCUUCUCAACAUUCUCACUACUUGCUUUAGCCAAGCAUCAUCCACGUCAGUUGCAUCUCGCUAUGGUCGAAAUUACCCGGCUCCUUGGAGAACACAAGCUGUCGCCGGCCUAUCCCCUCACAUCCUAUUCCAUAAGAGAUGUUUCAGAAGCAUUCCGUCAUCUACACACAGAGAGCCACGUCGGCAAAGUCGUCUUAUCCAUUGGACCGGACGUGAAGGUCCCGAUGCUACCACGAUGGCAAACUCCGAAGUUCUCACCGGAUGCAUCUUACCUUCUAGUUGGUGGCGUGGGCGGCAUUGGCUGCUCUAUUGCACGUUGGAUGGCUGAUCAAGGGGCCAGGCAUGUCAUUAUCUUAUCAAGGAGCGCGGGCCAGAGCGAGAAGGCUGCUACACUUGUUGACGAACUCAUCCAAGUGGGUUGCCGCCUCAAGGCUGUGAGUUGUAAUGUCUCAAGCCGAAGUGACCUUGCAGAUUCUCUGCACCAAUGUUACAAAGACGGCCUACCGCCCAUUCGCGGUGUCAUACAAGGUGCUAUGGUACUGAAGGAUACAUUGCUAGAACGAAUGACGCUUGCUGAUUUCCAAACCGUCAUCCAGCCUAAAGUCCAUGGCACAUGGAACCUCCACACCCAGUUUGCAGAGACAGAUUCUCUGGACUUCUUUGUGAUGCUUUCCUCAGCUGUUGCUGUCGCUGGUAAUGCCAGCCAGGCUAAUUAUGCUGCGGCCGGGUCAUACCAGGAUGGGCUAGCUCGCUGGCGAGUGUCACAAAGUCUCCCCGGUGUCUCCAUCAACCUUGGAGCGGUCAAAAGCAUCGGGGUUGCUGCCAAUACGGGCGUGUUGGGUCACUUGCAGAAAAUGGGUUACUCGCCCAUUCACGAAGAGCAGGUCCUCUCGGUACUCGGAACUGCCAUUCUCCAUCCGUAUGACCCACAGGUUGUGGUCGGGCUCGACUCUCGUCCUGGCUCCCAUUGGGAUGCCACAGGCGAAUCCCAGCUCGGACGCGAUUUGAGGUUUGCAGCCCUGAAACCCCGGGAGGCCGAUAGUGUAGGGGACCUGAACUCAGCAGGAAACUCCAACUCACUCGCGAGCAAGCUCGCUACAGCGGAGUCAAUGGAGCAAGCUGUCGACCAUGUUGGCAUUGCUAUUGCGGAGAAGAUCUCAGGCAUAUUCAUGAUUCCUCUCGAUGAUGUCAACUUGACCAACAAGCCAGCAUAUUACGGAGUCGACUCGCUUGUCGCGGUUGAGCUUCGCAAUAUGCUCGUUCAGCAAGCGGCCGCCGAAGUGUCUAUCUUUGAUAUAAUGCAGAGCACUUCCUUAGCUGCACUGGCGGCGACUAUUGCUAGUAAAAGCGCAUAUAUCAGCAAAUAA